CUCAUUCACAUCAGCAUCAGUAUCUGACGGAGCUAUCUACCUCGGAUUUCUUCUCCAGACUUUCUGGCGUCUGUCAUCAACAUGCUGUUCUCCAAGGUCGGCCUUCUUGUGGCUGUCGCCGCUCCAGGCGCUCUGGCUCACGUGUCCAAGCGCCAGAGCUACCCUUACGACCCUAACACCACCCCGUACUGCACUUGGUGGUACGAUGUAUACCCUGGCGACACUUGCAGGGACGUAAUCAGUGCUUGGGGUGUUUCCAUGGCCGACUUUGUGCGCUGGAACCCCUCUCUCACGUCUACAUGCGGCAACUUCAAGUCCGGCACGUCGUACUGUAUCGAGGCUCUCGGAGAGCCCCCGGUCACUUCGCAGCCGCCCACGACGCAGCCUCCCACCACUACCAAGCCUUCUUCGACGACCUCAAAGGCCACCUCGACCUCGACCUCCACCAAGCCCGGCAACGGCAUCGAGACACCCUCCCCUGUGCAAGAUGGCAUCACAGGGUCCUGCAACAAGUUUCACUACGUCGAGACCGGCUCGAGCUGCCAGAGCAUCCUGACUAAGUACGGCCUUAACAUCGCGACCUUCUACUCGUGGAACAAGGCUGUCGGCUCGCAGUGCGAGAGCAUGUGGGCAGAGGUCUAUGUCUGCGUCGGUGUCAUUGGCGGCACCCCGACCAGCGCUGCGCCCACGACUUCCUCCAAGCCUGGCAACGGCAUCGCCACUCCUACUCCUAUCCAAGAAGGGAUGACUGGCUCGUGCAACAAGUUCACCCUGGUCAAGACCGGCGACACUUGCGACAAGCUUGCCUCCGCCGCCGGCAUCUCCACUGCCAACUUCAUCACCUACAACCCUGCCGUGGGCAAGGACUGCAGCGGGCUGUGGGCCAAUGUCUAUGUCUGUGUCGGCAUCAUCGGCAGUACACCUACCCCGUCCCCGACGACCACUGGCAACGGCAUCGCGACGCCCACCCCUACACAGGGCGGCAUGAUCGGCGACUGCGACAAGUUCGACCUGGUCAAGCAAGGCGAGUCGUGCAGCGCCCUGCUGAGCCGCAACGGCCUGACCAUCGCCCAGCUCUACGCCCUCAACUCUGGCGUCGGCAGCGACUGCUCGGGCCUCUGGGCCAACGUGUAUGUCUGUGUCCACAAGAAGGGCACGGCCACCACCAAGCCCACCACCACCACCGGCAACGGCAUCGCCACGCCCACCCCGACGCAGACGGGGAUGGUCAACAACUGCAAGAAGUUCGUCUUUGUCCAGAAGGGACAGACCUGCGAGACCGUGGCCAAGAACAACGGCAUCAGCGUCUCCCAGCUCACGACCUGGAACAAGGACUUUGGCUCCACCUGCUCGGGCAUGUGGGCCGAGACGUAUGCGUGCGUUGGCGUUUAAACGUUAGUCUGGGGCUCUUAGAGUUCUGCCAGGCUCCUAGAAUAGAUCUACGUGGCAUAGAGUUGGCAAAGUUGCCAUGGAUGUGGUUGGAGAGUGUUUGGUGUUUGGCGGAAGUGAGCAGAGGGCUUCAAAGUACUACACGGUGCGGUUGGAGGAACCCGCCUAUUUCGAUUCUUUGUACAUGUAUCUUGCAGCCCAGUUCUCGUUUGGGAAGUAGUGUGAUAGACUGGAGAAUUGAUAAAAUUUCUACUGAGA